CACCUGGUAUGCGGCACAUUUGCAUUUAAAGUCAGUCAGCCGAGCGAGUAAGAUGGCAGCGAUGAGUAGAAGCAAUAGCAACAGCAACAGCGUACCUCAUGGAAGCCACGCUCGGAUGGAGAGAAGCGCUGCUCAAACCAACACCAUGGGAAUGCUGAGCCCCCUCAGCUUGAGCCUGUGGAAGAACAAGACCGGGGACGAGGAGACCGACAUAUCUGCGCGGCUUACUUGGAGAGAUCUCUUCGUCUCGGCCACCAAUGCUAAGGGAGAGACGCGCUCGCUGCUCCACGGUCUCAAUGGAUACGCCGAGCCGGGAUAUCUCAUGGCCGUCAUGGGGCCGUCUGGAUCCGGAAAGUCGACGUUACUGGACGCUCUAGCAGGGAGGCUGGCCAAGAACACGACGCAGAGUGGAGAAGUCCUGCUCAAUGGAAGGCGGACUCGCUUGUCAUACGGCAUCGUUGCAUUCGUGACUCAAGAUGAUGCGCUGAUAGGAACUCUGACGGUGAAGGAAACCAUCACGUACUCGGCUAAAUUGCGUCUCCCAGAUCUCAUGCCCCGGAAAGAUAAGAAGGCCAUUGUCGAGAGCACUAUCAUGGAGAUGGGACUCCAAGAGUGCCAGAACACUCCCGUUGGAAACUGGCACCUUCGAGGCCUCAGUGGAGGAGAGAAGCGGCGGCUGAGCAUCGGUCUGGAAAUUCUCACUCGUCCUCGUUUGCUGUUCCUCGAUGAACCCACCAGCGGCCUCGACAGUGCCUCGGCCUUCUUCGUCACCCAGACACUCAAGAACCUGGCCAGAGACGGAAGGACUGUCAUAGCUUCCAUCCAUCAGCCCAGCAGCGAGGUUUUCGAGCUCUUCGACCGACUGUACUUGUUAUCUCACGGGAAAACCAUCUACUUUGGUGAUGCCCCUGCUGCUAAAGAGUUCUUCGCCUCCGCUGGAUUCCCCUGUCCACCUCUUCGAAACCCCUCUGACCAUUACCUCAGAGCAAUCAACUCAGACUUUGAUCGAGUCAAGGACGCUCUGAGAAAUUCCUUUGUGGCCAAGGACAUGGAGUCGGCCGAUGUCCUUGACAAAACCUCCACCGCACAAGUCAUCAAGAUCUUGAUCGACCACUACCAGUCUUCAGAGCACGCAAUGCUGACAGCGUCCAAAAUCCACGAGAUUAACCAAACGAAAGGAGUAGCUUUGGAGUCGGAAGGGAGCCAAGCGAGCUUCUUCAUGCAGUCGUUCACGCUAACCCGCCGAUCGUUCGUCAACAUGUCUCGAGAUAUGGGCUACUACUGGCUUCGACUUGUCAUCUACAUCAUCCUGGCCAUCGGGAUCGGUACGCUGUACUAUGACAUCGGCACCAGCUAUAGCUCUAUCAUGGCCAGAGCUGCUUGUAUGUCUUUUGUUGGAGGCUUCCUGAUCUUCAUGUCCAUUGGAGGCUUCCCGUCGUUCAUCGAAGACAUGAAGGUCUUCUCUCGUGAGAGGCUGAAUGGACACUACGGCGUCGUCGCGUUCGUCGUUGGAAACACCCUCUCGUCGCUACCGUUUCUCUUUCUCAUAGCACUGGUGUCCGGGGCUAUCACAUACAACAUGGUGAAGCUCCACCCGGGAUUCAUUCGCUUCUCGUACUUUGUGUUGAACCUUUUCGCGGCUGUCGCAGCUGUCGAGAGUCUGAUGAUGGCUGUGGCAAGUCUCGUCCCAAACUUCCUCAUGGGGAUCAUUACGGGUGCCGGCAUCCAGGGUAUCUUUCUGCUCGUUGCGGGAUUUUUCCGUUUGCCAGGUGACUUGCCAAAGGCGUUCUGGAAGUUCCCGCUGUCCUACAUUGGUUUCCACAUGUAUUCGUUGCAGGGAAACUUUGAAAACGACUUUCUCGGCUUGAACUUUGAAAACAAAUUUCCAGGCUUACCAAAGAUUCCAGGAAAAUUUAUUCUUCAGGACGUUUAUGAGAUACCAGUCGGCCGCUCGAAAUGGUGGAACCUCGCAGUGGUGUUUUUGAUGAUUAUAGUCUACAGGUUCUUGUUCUUCCUCGCCAUCAAGUACAGUGAGAGCGUUCAGCCAUGGCUGCAAGGCAUCAUGGCUAAGCGGCGGGCAAGAUUUUUGUCAUCCAAUCACCUUACUCGUAAGAACUCGGCGCUCCAGAACACGAUCAGGCCGGUUGUCCAGCAGUCUCCACUGAGAGAGCCUGCCACAGCAACAAGUUAGUCAAGAAAGAAGGAGAGAUUCUAAGGCGAUAAAACCAUACCCGACUUAAA